AUCUGAUAAAUAUCCUGCAGAAGUCAACAGUCCCUUACAAUUUCAAGGUACAGCACACAGACUGCAGGACCAACAUGGCCCCAUUUAUACAAGUGGCUGCUUUCAUGCUGCUAAUGUCUACAUUAACAUCAGCGCAGUUGAGAGGGGACUACUCACCACCACAAGACACGUGUUACCCAAACGACGGGUUUGGGACAUACUGCCCAACCACAUGUGGAGUCGCCGAUUACCUACAGAGGUACAAGCCUGACAUUGACAGAAAACUGGACCAAAUGGAACAGGAUUUGAAGGAAAUCGCCAACCUUACCAAAGGAGCACAGGACAAAGUGGUCUAUCUAAAAGACUCAGAAACACAAGCACAAAAACAAGCACCAGAUACAUACAUCAAGAAAUCCUCUAGCAUGCUGGAUGAUAUUUUGCGAUUUGAGAAGAGCAUUGUCGCUCAGGAAGAUCAAAUAUAUCAACUGCAGACAACCCUACAGGAUAAUGAGAGAAGAAUAACCGAUCUGAAGCAGAUGUCUCUCCAGCUGGACCAGAUGUGCAAAGAGCCAUGCAAAGACACUGUGGAGAUACAGACAGUCACAGGCAAAGAUUGUCAGGACAUUGCAAACAAAGGUGGUAAGGUCAGUGGGCUAUACUAUGUGAAACCAGCCAGGGCUCCUGAAGCGUUUCUGGUCUACUGUGAGAUAGACAGCUUUGGACGUGGAUGGACUGUACUUCAGAGGAGACGGGAUGGUAGCGUUGACUUCAACAGAAACUGGAUUCAGUAUAAGGAAGGCUUUGGGUAUCUCUCACCAAAUGACAGAACAGAGUUCUGGCUGGGGAAUGAGAAGAUGCACCUGUUGUCUGUUCAGUCCAGCGUGCCUUACGUGCUGAGAAUAGAGCUAGUCGAUUGGGAAGGCAACAAAAAGUAUGCCGAUUAUUCCACAUUCAAAAUUGGACCAGAAAUUGAUGCAUACCGUUUGACGUAUGCAUAUUACUUUGGUGGAGAUGCCGGUGAUGCUUUUGAUGGUUUUGACUUUGGCGUUGACCCCAGUGACAAAUUCUAUACAUCUCACAAUGGCAUGCAGUUCAGUACACCUGACAAAGACAAUGACAAGUUCCAUGAUCACUGUGCCUUACAGGAGGGCUCUGGCUGGUGGAUGAACCGCUGCCAUGCUGCUCAUCUCAAUGGAAAAUACUACAGGGAUGGCAAGUACACGGAGAAGGACACACAAUACGGAUACGACAAUGGAAUUAUCUGGGCCACAUGGCACAGUCGCUGGUAUUCUCUGAAGGAGACCACCAUGAAGAUCAUUCCAGUCAACAGAAUCGGUGCUGGAGGGCAGCAAUCUGGUGUCAAGCAGUUUGAAGGCUUGGCAGACAUGUAAAGACCAAACCAAUUAUGUUCCCAUAAUUCUGAGCUAUUACUUUGUUGUUCUGAAUCUAAUGUUGAAAUACAUUGGAAUGACAUGGGCAUGACAUUUUCAAGUGAGUGCAAACAUAUGUCUAUUGGUGUCUGAUAUUUUCCAUUUGUCAUUUUUCAUAUGACAACCUCCUGCUAAUUGUUUUCCAUCUAUUCCAAUUUUGUUUGCAAAACACAUUAUGUCUUUGUACAAAAAUCAUGUUGUUAAAUUUGAUUCACUCAUUUAAAUUGCAUCUGACAAUGAAUGAAUAAAAAUCUCUACCUUUUUUUUAGUGAAA